AUGGGAAGGAGGCCAUGCUGUGCGAAAGGUGUAAUCAGAGGAGCAUGGUCUGCAUGGGAAGAUAAGAUCCUUAAAAACUACAUUAAAAUCCAUGGCGAAGGGAAAUGGACAGACCUGCCUCAAAGAGCUGGGCUGCGGCGAUGUGGGAAGAGUUGCCGGCUUCGUUGGUUGAAUUAUCUAAGGCCAGAUAUCAAGAGAGGCAACUUUUCUGAGGAUGAAGAAGAUCUCAUUAUCAAACUACAUAAGCUUCUUGGUAACAGUUGGUCACUCAUUGCUCAGAGAUUACCAAGACGAACUAACAAUGAGAUGAAGAAUUACUGGAACACCAUUUUAAGCAAGAGGGUGCAAGAUGGCCACCAAACCAAUGUACGUGAUAUUGUGUUGGCUUUGCCAGUUUCUGGAUGCGAUGCCAAGCUUAAAGAUUUAAUGGAUGAAGGGAAGCCUGAGAAUUGGAGGGCUACUAAUCCUUUUCAGCCAAAUGAAGCUAUGGAUCUUAACACAUUGGCAUCUUUUCUGGAUACAGAAUAUACAUGGAUUAGCUGA